AUGGCCAAAAAUUUGAAUUUACGCUCUAUUUUGGAUGCUAACAAGUUAACUGGACCAAACUUCACGGAUUGGUAUAGGAAUGUAAAAAUAGUUUUACAAUCUGAAAAGAAAGCAUAUGUUCUAGAUUCUCCUGUUCCUAUUGCCCCUACUAAAGGGCAAGAUGGGUAUGACCAGUAUGACUGGGAAGCUCAUAGACAACAAUUGGCAGACAAUGAGCAAGCACUUUAUGAUAAACAAGGGAGGGCUGAGCGUUUUGAAACCUCCAAGGAGCUGUUUGGCUGCAAGCUGGCUGAGGGUAUGGCGGUUGGACCGCACAUCCUCAAGAUGAUUGGGCUAAUAGAGAAGCUUGCUUCUCUGGGUUUUAUCAUGGACUAUGAGUUAAGUGUUGAAUUAGUCUUGCAGUCCUUGCCACCUUCAUAUAAUGGCUUUGUGGUCAAUUACUAUAUGAAUAAAGUGGAGACAACACCCCCAGAGUUGUUGAACCUCUUGACCACUGCUGAGGGUGCUGUUAAAAGGAACAGGACCCAAGUUCUUCUGAUUGGCGGGCCUAACUAA